GUCAAUGUGGACAAUGAGGAGCAAUUGGAGGCUCUACGGGAGCUAGAAAGGUUUGCAUAUUCCAGCUAUGAUUUCUGGAAGGAACCAACCAAGGUGGGUAAUCCCGUUGAUAUCAUGAUACCACCGCACAAGGCAUCAGAAUUCGAGGAUGUUAUGGAGUCCUUAAGCUUCAGGAAAAGUGUGAAGAUAACUAACGUUCAAGAGCUCAUUGACAAUGAACAACCAAAGAUAACUCCAAGGAAUGAAUUUGGCUGGGAAAGUUAUCACACUCUGGACGAAAUAUACGCCUGGUUGGAUCAAUUGUUGGAAGAUUACAGCUCCAUUUUAACAGAACUCGAUGCAGGGUACAGCUUUGAAGGACAGAGAAUCCGGGGCGUUUUGUUGUCUUACAAGCCAGGGAAUCCUGCAGUCUUCAUUGAAUCCAAUAUCCAUGCUAGAGAAUGGAUCACAUCUGCAACAGCAACGUACGUUUUGAAUGAAUUCCUAACGUCUACUGAUCCUGAGAUCAGACGAAUUGCUGAAAACUACGAUUGGUACAUUUUCCCAAAUGUAAAUCCCGAUGGCUUUAGAUUUUCUCAUGAAAAUAAUAGGAUGUGGAGGAAGACUCGAUCACGUGAUGGUGUGAUCUGCAGAGGAGUUGAUCCUAAUAGGAAUUGGGGUCACUAUUGGCAAGACGGAAGUAGUCCAGGAGCAAGUAAUGAUGUCUGCUCAACAACUUACGCUGGUAAAGCUCCCUUCUCUGAACCGGAAAUGAGACAAUUAGCUGACUUUGUUCUUGAACAUGCUGAUCACAUCAAAGUCUACUUAUCUUACCACUCGUACAGUCACCUACUUCUCUACCCAUGGUCUUAUACAUCAGAUCCUGCUGAAAACUACGAUGAUCUUCAUCACAUUGGAACAGUCACAGCAGAUAAACUGAAGGAAAGCUAUCAGACUGAAUACACCGUGCAGAGCUUCUUUGAUCUCUACAUAUCAACAGGAACCAGCAUCGAUUGGGCUUAUGCUGAGGCAGGGAUCAAGCUAAGCUACACCUACGAAUUCCGCGACAACGGCACCUACGGCUUCAUCCUUCCUGCUGAUCAAAUAAUCCCAAAUUCCAUUGAAGUUCUGCAAUCGAUGAUUGCGCUCUUGGAUGAGAGCGAACGAUUGGGCUAUAUGGCUCGUCCAUCAAACAAGACUUCUCUGUGGCAGAUAGCCGAGACGUUCGCUCUCGCCAAGAAGACCAAUCAGAGACUGCAUGACUUCAAUGGAAUUGGGGAUGAUUUGGUCAGCUGGCAGGAGGAAACCAUGCUGUCCGGAAUCACGGAAUUCAUAGACGAAGCUAAGGUCAAUUCCAGCUGCACCGUAGCUCCAAUCAGCGCUGAUACCUGUACCAAUUUUGGUGGUGAAGAAAAAAGCAAAAUGAAGCUUUUCGUGGUGCUAACUUCUCUUGUGCUCUUGAUAGGAUGUGCAGUUGGUGUGAAGGAUCGUUUUGAUAACUACAAAGUCUACACUGUGAACGUUGACAAUGAGGCUCAACUGAAGGUGUUGUUCGACCUGGAGAAGGUCGCUUUCUCCAGCUACGACUUCUGGAAGCGUCCAACGAAAGUUGGUCUGCCCGUUGACAUCAUGGUUCCGCCGCACAAAGCUUCGGAGUUCGAUGAGAUCAUGCGAUCUCUCAGCUUCACAUCAACCUUGAAAAUUCCCAACGUUCAAGUGCUUAUCGACAAUGAACAGCCAAAGAACCCAAGAGAUGGAUUCAAUUGGGAGCGAUACUGGACAAUGGAUGAAAUUAAUGAGUGGCUGGAUCAGAUUGUGGCCGAACACAGUGAUGUCUUGACCCCAAUUAGCUACGGCUACAGCUAUGAAUUGGAAGAGAUCAAGGGAGUUCUUCUUUCGUACAGAUCAGGAAAUCCUGCAAUCUUCAUUGAAUCCCACAUUCAUGCUAGGGAAUGGAUCGCUGGAGCUACUGCAACGUGGCUGAUUAAUGAGCUUCUAACAUCAACUGAUCCAGAAGUUCGUCGUAUUGCUGAGAGCUACGACUGGUACAUCUUCCCCGUGACUAACCCAGAUGGUUAUAGGUACUCUCAUGAUGUGAACAGAAUGUGGAGAAAGACUCGCUCCCGUCACGAUCUGUACUGCUUGGGAGCUGAUCCUAAUAGGAACUUUGGUCAUAUGUGGCAGGAUGGCAGCGGCCCUGGAGCCAGUACUAAUCCCUGCUCUGAGAUCUUCGCUGGUCCUGCUCCCUUCUCUGAAUUGGAAACCGGACAAUUGGCUAAUUUUGUUCUGCAACGAACUGAUCACAUCAAGGUUUAUCUAUCCUUCCACUCCUUCACUCAGCUUCUUCUGUAUCCAUUUUCCUUUACUCCCAAUCCUUCACCAAUAGCUGAUGAUCUUCAACGAAUUGGUGAAGCAGCUGCUUACCGGCUGAGGCAACCGUUUGGAACUGAAUACCGCGUCUUCAACGGACAUUCGUUGUACAUUGCAACCGGUACAAGUGUGGACUGGAGCUACGGAGGAGCGGGCAUUGAUCUCAGCUUCAUCUAUGAGUUUAGGGAUCUUGGAACUUACGGAUUCCUUCUUCCUGCUGAUCAAAUCAUCCCUAAUUCAAUUGAAGUCUUGCAAUCAUUGAUCGGUUUGUUGGAUGAAAGUGAAAAUUUGGGAUAUUUGCCUUGAAUGGCCCUAAAAGAACAGCUGGACAAUUGGGGGAAACAAACAUCAGCCUUAAAAAUGUUUGGAUCAAAUUGAAAUGGAUUUUUCCAAUAAAACAAAGAAA